AUGACGCCCUGUCGAGUCCUGCGCAAAGUCGGAGACGCCGAGCAGAGGAUGGUGAUGUCGCCUGCGAGAAAGCCGCCGAGGCAAGCCAUCCUGCUUCGGCAUCGAGCGUGCUGUUUAACAACCACUGAAAGGAGCAGAUUUGCGCCUUUUUUGGAAUGCAUCUCGCCGUCGAUGGUACCGGCCUCGCGAUUCGCACAGUUCUCACUUCGUCGUGGAGCGUGCGCCUGCGCAACAACGAGGCAGAAACGUCCGAUGGAGAAUAGGAUCGUCGAAGAAGAAGAGGCGCUUAUCGAGCACAUGGAUUUCAUGAAGCGAACUGCGGAUAAUUCGCCCGAGGCUUUAAGGGAAUUUGUGAUCCGCCAAAUAGAUGAAAAGCGCCAGAAGCUCAAAAAACUUCGAACAAGAAGUAAAACGGGAUGA